UCGCGGUCGGUCGUCAGGAUGCCGGCCGUGUCGAAGGGGGACGGGAUGCGAGGCCUGGCGGUCUUCAUCUCCGACAUCAGGAACUGUAAAAGCAAGGAGGCAGAGAUAAAAAGGAUAAACAAAGAAUUGGCAAACAUUCGGUCCAAGUUUAAAGGUGAUAAAGCCCUGGAUGGCUACAGUAAGAAAAAGUAUGUCUGCAAGCUGCUUUUCAUCUUCCUUCUGGGGCAUGAUAUUGAUUUCGGCCAUAUGGAGGCUGUGAAUCUGCUCAGUUCAAACAAAUACACAGAGAAGCAAAUUGGCUAUCUGUUCAUCUCCGUACUUGUGAACUCAAACAGUGAGCUGAUACGCCUGAUAAACAAUGCAAUCAAGAAUGACCUGGCCAGCCGCAACCCCACUUUCAUGGGACUAGCUCUGCACUGUAUUGCCAACGUGGGCAGUAGAGAGAUGGCAGAAGCAUUUGCUGGAGAAAUCCCCAAAAUACUUGUAGCUGGAGAUACAAUGGAUAGCGUGAAGCAGAGUGCAGCCUUGUGCUUGCUACGAUUAUACCGAACUUCUCCCGACUUGGUGCCUAUGGGAGACUGGACAUCGAGAGUUGUGCACCUUCUCAAUGACCAGCAUCUGGGUGUGGUUACUGCUGCUACAAGUUUGAUCACCACUCUGGCACAAAAGAACCCAGAUGAAUUUAAAACCUCUGUCUCUUUGGCUGUCUCCAGACUCAGUAGGAUUGUGACAUCUGCAUCAACUGAUCUCCAGGAUUAUACUUAUUACUUUGUCCCAGCUCCAUGGUUAUCUGUGAAGCUUCUGAGGCUCUUACAGUGUUAUCCCCCUCCAGAAGACCCGUCUGCACGAGGCCGACUCACAGAGUGUCUGGAAACUAUUCUCAACAAAGCUCAAGAACCUCCAAAAUCCAAAAAAGUGCAGCACUCAAAUGCAAAGAAUGCCGUCCUAUUUGAGGCAAUUAGUUUAAUUAUCCACCACGAUAGUGAGCCAAACCUGCUUGUUCGUGCCUGUAAUCAGCUAGGCCAGUUCCUGCAGCACCGGGAAACUAAUCUUCGUUACCUAGCACUGGAAAGCAUGUGCACUCUUGCCAGUUCUGAGUUUUCACACGAGGCUGUGAAAACGCACAUAGAAACAGUUAUCAAUGCACUGAAGACCGAGAGAGAUGUAAGCGUACGACAAAGAGCUGUGGAUCUCCUGUAUGCCAUGUGCGACCGAAGCAAUGCCCAGCAGAUUGUUGCUGAGAUGCUGAAUUACUUGGAAACUGCUGAUUAUUCCAUCAGAGAAGAAAUUGUACUAAAGGUUGCAAUCUUAGCUGAGAAAUAUGCAGUGGACUACACCUGGUAUGUGGAUACCAUCUUGAAUCUGAUUCGAAUUGCUGGGGACUAUGUGAGUGAAGAGGUGUGGUAUAGAGUCAUUCAGAUCGUAAUUAACAGAGAUGAUGUACAAGGAUAUGCAGCAAAGACUGUGUUUGAGGCUCUUCAAGCACCUGCCUGCCAUGAGAACCUGGUAAAAGUAGGUGGUUACAUCUUGGGAGAAUUUGGAAAUCUGAUUGCUGGUGAUCCAAGAUCUAGCCCUCUGAUCCAGUUCAACCUGCUGCACUCCAAGUUCCAUUUGUGUAGUGUUCCUACCCGUGCUUUGCUUCUGUCUACUUACAUCAAGUUUGUGAAUUUGUUUCCUGAAAUAAAAAUGACCAUUCAAGAUGUACUACGCAGUGAUAGUCAGCUGAAAAACGCUGAUGUCGAGCUUCAGCAGAGAGCUGUUGAGUACCUGAGGCUCAGUACAAUUGCAAGCACUGAUAUCCUGGCAACUGUGCUAGAAGAAAUGCCUCCAUUCCCAGAGAGGGAGUCCUCCAUUCUGGCCAAGCUCAAGAAGAAAAAAGGCCCCAACACAGUUACUGACCUAGAAGAGACAAAAAAGGAGAGAAACUCUGAUGUGAAUGGCGGGACUGAAGCUACGCUUGUUAAUGCCAGUACUGCGUCCACACCAUCUCCUUCAGCAGACCUUUUAGGUCUUGGUGCAGCCCCAUCCACAAACUCUGUACUUCCCCCAGCAUCCAGUGGUAGCUUGUUGGUGGAUGUGUUCUCAGAUUCUUCUGCAGUUCCCACAUCUCUUGCACCUAAUUCUGAAGAUAACUUUGCAAGUCCUGACCUGGCUUCAACUGAGCAGGUAGUUUCUGAGGAACCAGCUGAUGCUGUGCAUGAUGCUGAUGAACUUUUUCACAAGUUUGUGUGCAAAAAUAACGGAGUCUUGUUCGAGAAUCAGUUGCUACAGAUUGGUCUGAAAUCUGAAUUUCGACAGAACCUGGGUCGGAUGUUCAUAUUUUAUGGUAACAAGACUUCGACACAAUUUUUAAACUUUACUUCAACACUAAUCUGUUCAGAUGAUCUUCAGUCAGGCCUGAAUCUGCAGACGAAGCCAGUCGAUCCCACUGUGGAGGGGGGAGCCCAAAUGCAGCAAGUUGUAAAUAUUGAAUGCAUAUCGGACUUCAUGGAAGCCCCGGUCCUAAAUAUUCAGUUCAGGUAUGGUGGAGCACUGCAAAACGUCUCUGUGAAGCUGCCCAUCACAUUGAACAAAUUCUUCCAGCCUACAGAAAUGGCCUCGCAAGACUUCUUCCAGCGGUGGAAACAGCUGAGCAGCCCCCAACAAGAAGUACAGAACAUCUUUAAAGCAAAGCAUCCAAUGGAUACAGACAUCACAAAGGCAAAGAUCAUUGGAUUUGGCACAGCUUUACUUGAAGAGGUGGAUCCUAACCCUGCUAACUUUGUUGGAGCUGGUAUUAUACACACAAAAGCCAUGCAGAUAGGAUGUUUGAUGCGUCUUGAACCCAACCUGCAGGCACAGAUGUAUAGAUUAACACUACGAACGAGUAAAGAGACAGUAUCCCGAAGAUUAUGUGAAUUGCUGUCAGAACAGUUCUGAACAGUGAUGCAAGAUACAGUUUUGAUUCUCCAUUUCUGCCAUUGUCCUCGUCCUGCUCCAGAAAUGUCUUGUGCACCAGUGUCUGCAGAAACAGUUGCUGCCACAUUCACAUCCCUGCCUUAAAAGGACCUGUCCCUUUUUAUGUGAAAUAAGAUAUGUACAGUAUAAAACUACUUUAAAUGUGGAAAAAAAGGCUUUUAAAACAUCUGCUGCAGGAUGACAAGGGG